AUGUCCCGGAGCGCAGUUGAAGCGCUCAUAAAGGAUCUUGCGAAGAAGUGGAAGGGGGUAGAGUAUGAUCUGUUGCGGCACAACUGCUGUCAUUUCUCAGAUGCUUUAUGCGUAGCGCUCGGGGUGGGGCACGUCCCCGGCUGGGUCACCAGCUUGGCCGGAGUGGGCGCCAUGUUGAGGAGCGGCACUCGCCUGGCCGCAGUUGGAGCAGCUGCCGUGCCUCAGCUUGCGGUGCAAGGCUUCACUGCAGUGGCCGAACUGCUUGCAGGGCCUGACGCCGAGGAAUCGGAAGGUCACCUCGGGAAUCCAAAGCCCCUUGAGGACAGAAGUCCUGCGGCAGAGGCGCGCAGACCUGACCCGAUGCGAUGUCACGUUGAAGGUGAGCUGCAGGAUGCGGCGAGGUAUGGAGGAUACAAGGCUCCGGGUGAAACUGGCCUCCGCAACAGUGCAGCCAACUCAGACGGUACUCCCUCCCCAACAAGUCCAGCACUGACAAGUCCUCCUUCAGCUACAAGGCUGGAGUCUCACGCAAAGCUGGCUGUCGGUGAUGCCGUCGAGGUUUUCAGCAACUCCCGUCAGCUUUGGUGUUCCGGAGAAGUCAAGUCCCUCGAUUUGCACGGGUCUCCGCCCGCCGUGGAAGUGGUUUUCCUGAUACCUGGCUCGCCAGACGUCGGCACUGGCGAGAUGGCUGCGAAAAAGGUGGCGCUGGGCUCCAAGGACUUGCGGAAGUUGAAGAGACCCUCGGAAACCGCCGGUUCACCCACCUGGUCCGUGGGAGACUGUGUGGAAGUGUUCAGCAACUCCAAGAGCUCUUGGUGCUCAGGUCGCAUCACACAAGUUUCCUCAGACAAGGUGAAGGUCGUGUACCAGCCACCCGGAGCAUCAAACGACGACUGGCUCGAAAAGGAGCUACUGAUGGGAUCCGAUGCAUUGAGGAAAGUCCAGCCGUCGGAAGCGGACCUGCCCCUGAGCCCCAAGAGGAAGCUCGUGUGGAGUGAAGCCGAGGAGUCUGCGUACAAGGUCGCCUUUUCGCAGCUGCGGCCCAAGCAGCAAACUCCCCAAGUGCUCGAUGCGAAUGUCCUGGCCGAGUACUUGAAAACCUCGAAGCUCCCAAGGAAGGUGCUGAAAGAAAUUUGGAAGGCUUCGGUGAGGUCUUCGACCCAAGCAGACUUCGACGAGUUUGGAGCCUGUUGCAGGCUCGUGGCACAUUGCCAGCAAGCAAUGAAGGAGCGCGAUCAGGCAACCAUGGAAGUGAUGGAGCAGGCAGGCACACAGCUCAGGCAGCUGGUCCUGGAGAAGUUCAUGGAGGAAGUCCCGACGACACUGCCUGAUUUUUACGGCGGACCAGCGGGCUCAGGACACUGA